AAAUAAAGUAGCAAUUCUCUUUUAGUUUUUAGUGCUACUAAAAUGUCCUUCCAAGGCAGAAUGUUGAAUAAAAUUAAAUAUAAACUUACUCUUCCGGUUUUCUGUGUGGGUUGUCCUUCAACUAGAGGUCGACCGAUUAAUCGGAAUGGCCGAUUUUAAUUAGGGCCGAUUUCAAGUUUUCAUAACAUAAAAAAAAAAAUGUGGACACCGAUUUGUCCGAUUUACACCUUUAUGUAACUUGGCAAGUCAGUUAACCUAUCUGGGAUCGUUUGGGACCCUAGCGUCCCACCUCGCCAACAGCCAGUGAAAGUGCAGGGUGCCAAAUUCAAAACAACAAAUCUCAUAAUUAAAAUUCCUCAACCACACUAGUAUUUUACACCAUUUUAAAGAUACACUUCUCGUUAAUCCAACCACAGUGUCCAAAAAGGCCUUUCGUCGAAAGCAGAGCAUAUCAUUAUGUUAGGUCAGCAACUAGUCACAUAAAGCAUUCAGCCAUUUUCCAACCAAAGAGAGGUGUCACAAAAAGCAGAAAUAUAGAUAAAAUGAAUCACUAACCUUUGACGAAAGAUACAUGUUUUUACAUAGAAUUAAAGAUAAACUUGUUCUUAAUGCAACCGCUGUGUCAGAUUUCAAAAAAGCUUUACGGCAAAAGCACAAUAUUCAAUCAUCUGAGAACAGUGUUCAGCCACAAAAGCAAGCCAUACAGUUACCUGCCAAGUUAUGUAGUCAACAAAACUCAUAAAUAGCAUUAUAAAUCUUCACUUACCUUUGCUGAUCUUCGUCGGAAUGCACUCCCAGGACUCCCACUUCCACAAUAAAGGUUUGUUUUGUUCGAUUACGUCCAUAUUUAUGUACAAAUACCUCCGUUUUGUUCGCGCAUUUAAUUCACUAUUCCAAAGGCACAAUGCGCGAGUGCAAAAUCCAGACGAAAAGUCAAGAGUUCCAUUACAGUUUGUAGAAACAUGUCAAACGAUGUUUACAAUCAAUCCUUAGGGACUUUUUAUAAUAAAUCUUCAAUAAUAUUCCAACCGGACAAUAGCGUAUUCAUUACAGAGGAAAAAGAAGGAACGGCGCACCUGCGUGGCCGCGCAGUAAACAACUGAUUGGCCACAGCCUAGUCCACUUGUUGAAACAGCUCUUAUUCGGCCCCUUCCACAAUAGAAGCCUCAAACAACUUUCUAAAGACUGUUGACAUCUCCUGGAGGCCUUGGGAAGUGCAAUCUGCCCCCAUAGACACAGCAUAUUGGAUAGGCAAUCACUUAAAUGAAACUACAAACCUCAGAUUUCCCACUUCCUGGUUGGAUUUGUCUCGGGUUUUCGCCUGCCAUAUGAGUUCUGUUAUACUCACAGGCAUCAUUCAAACAGUUUUAGAAACUUCAGAGUGUUUUCUAUCCAAUACUAAUAAUAUGCAUAUAUUAGCAUCUGGAACAAAGUAGCAGGCAGUUUACUCUGGGCACCUUAUUCAUCCAAGCUACUCAAUACUGCCCCCCUGUCACCAAGAAGUUAAGAACACAUUCUUAUUUUCAAUGACAGCCUAGGAACGGUGGGUUAACUGCCUUGUUCAGGGGCAGAACGACAGAUUUUUACCUUGUCAGCUCGGGCAUUCAAUCUUGCCACCUAUCUUGCCAACUAGUCCAACGUUCUAAUCACCUGCCUCUCAUUGCACUCCACGAGGAGCCUGCCUGUUACGCGAAUGCAGUAAGAAGCCAAGAUUGGAAAUGUUGGACACAGUCCAAAUUCGGCGCAGAGGUACCCAAGACUUCGAGGCAUAUUAUGAUUAUGCAUGCGCUAUGCAGGACUCAGUCCCAUUGCCAGCAGUCAAGGCAAACCUGAGUCAAGGGAUGCUUGACUUUAAUGGGGAUCGGCUCAAACUGACAGACUGGACACCCAUACUCAACUCUCUGACCAUCAAUAAACAGCUACAACAUGUUGCAGUCAGAAGCUGCUACCAAAGUGGUCUCGGCAUCGGAGAGCCAGAAAGGUACAGGGCUGGCAAUAGGAAGAAGAUUCCAGCCAUCCGCUCCAAGGAGAUGACGUUCAAACUGUGUAAAGCACUCAGGGAGUGUCUGACAGCUUCACCAAACCUCAAGACCCUCCAACUCCAUGGUCUUCCAUUUAGAGAGAGAGACCUUAUCACUCUUACCAAGGGUUUAGCCAAAAGUGUCUCUUUGGAAAAUCUCUCUUUGGCUCAUUGUCCUAUAGCAGACGAGGGGUUAGAAGCUAUCUGCCAGAGUGUGAAGUACUCUCCAUCUAUAAAGACAGUGGAUUUCACAGGCUGCAAUCUGACCUGGAGAGGAGCGGAGCAUAUGGCCAACAUCAUCAAGCAUCAGGCAAUGCGGAGGCACAGUGCAGCCUGGGCCGAAUCUCUGAGGUACAGGAGGCCUGAAUUCGAGGGCAUGGGAGGCCUCCGCCGGGUCACUCUCAACUGCAACACCCUGGUGGGAGACAGAGGGGCGGCCGCCCUCGCACAGGAACUGGCUGAGGACCUCUGGGUCAAAGCCUUGGAUCUGCAGAAGUGUGGUUUGUCCAACGAUGGGACACGGUCUCUGCUGGAGGCUCUAAAGUCCAACUCUACUCUCUGUGUCCUGGAUAUUAGGAGGAACCCCUUGGUGGACAACGACCUGAUGAAGUCCGUGAUCGAAAGAGUUCUCAUGAACGCUAAUGGUCAAUCCUCUCAGUACUCCUGGAUCAAGCCCCCAGCCCUCAAAGACUCACAGAAACCUCCAAUCCUUAAGAGAAGAAUACUGGGAAAUACAGCUAGAGGAAAAGCAACAUUUAGGAUAGGUCCUCGCAGGUUGGCCGGUAGGCGGAGUCCAGUUGUUGCCCAGCAGCCACACCCCUGCUCCAGCAGGUGUAUCCCAUGGCGCACUGCAGAACGUGCUGGACGACAGAGAGGACUUCCUCCAGGUAAUACAGUGGCAGAGCAGAGCUUUGAGGGCGCUGCCACUGUCAAGGUGACAAUGGAGACUGAGUCAGAGGAGGAGGGAGAGGAGGAAGCGGUUGAGACAAAAAGUCUGUCACCAAUUAGUCUUCAUGAGAGGAUCACUGUCAGACAGUACAGACGUGUACAGGUGGAGCUGGAGGAGUGUCGGCUCAGACUAGCAGAGGAAAGGAGGGCCAGAGUGAAGGCAGACACUCGUCUCAUGGAGUAUGAGUUGGAGAACGCUCGGCUGCGCAGUAUCAACUUCUCCCUGUCGGAGGCACUGCAUGCUCCUGCUACUGGCCCCUCCAGUGUUCUGGAGGACGAUGCGGUUCUGGACAGCAUCGAGAGCUCCUUCGGCAAGUUCCACGCCUUCCUGGACCUGCUCAAGGAUGCUGGACUGGGCCAGUUGGCCUCCAUGGCAGGGAUUGACCAGUCUGACUUUGGCCCACCCCAGCUGUCCUCCAGUGUUGGACAGCCUCUUGUUGGGGCAGGGGACCAGGACACGGGAGAUAAGGUUGAUGCGGCACCUUCUGGAGGCGACGGCCCCAAUGCUCCGUCAGAGGGCCAGCCCAACGGAUUCACCCCCGGAGCUCCAGCCACCCUCAGAGGGUCAGAGGGUGACCCACAGGAAGUGCCCCCCGUCCCUGCUAGUGAGUUAGCCAGUGUGGCGAAAUCUGGUGGAGAGAAUCAGCAGAAGGAUCCCUCGCCCUCACAACCGGAAGGGCGACAGGUGUCAGGGACUGAGAACAGUAUCCAUAGCAACGGCUCCCAUGGAAAUGACUCCUAUGCCAAAGGCUCCCUUAGCAAUGACUCUCAGGGUAGCGGUUCCUAUGGCAAAGGUUCCCGUGGUCGUAAUUUCUCUCACCAAAGUAACGGUAAAGGCUCACAUGGUUACAGUUUUAAUUACAGCAACUGCUCCUACAGCUCCAUCCACAGCAACAGCUUCCAUAGUAACAGCUCUGUAAGGUCCAGUCUGAGUGACAUGAGUGAGCAUUUGGAAUCUGUUGGGUCAUUGGGGUCAAAGGCUUCUGGAGAGGGCAGGGUAGGGUCAGGAGCUCAGAGGUGAAACUCUAUUCAGAGUUUGAGAUGUUGGAACAAAUCUGCUCUCUAGGGAGCAUGGGUGGUGAGUCUGAUGAUGGGUUCUGAACCCACAACUCUGCCCCUUGUUGAGUGUUUACAUUUUUUUUUUUUUUCAUGUUAUAUCCGUGUUUACCUUGUGCCAUUGGUGCCAAAUUGGAGUACUAUUAAAAUGUUAUUGUGCUAAUGAUGCCUAAUCUUAAAUGUGAUUUGAGCCUUUUGUUAGAUUAAUACUUUUUGGGCUUUUUAGUUAUUUUUUAAAAACUGACUUUUUUUAUACUGUUUGUAAAUAUAUGUAUAUAUUUUCUACAAUAAACUUUGUUUAAAAAAGUUUA